GCUUUCAGCCAGAUCUGAUUUGAGGAACGCGAUAUCCACCCCGACCGUCUCGCAGGAAUGGCCGUCGAUCCACCUUUCCAUCAAUACUGAUCCUUUCCCUCUCUCCGAUCGCUUCUUCUUCUUCUUGCCUCCCACCCCCUCCUUGGAGACAUGGACAUGGCCGGCGAGUCGCCUUCAUCGCUGGCCAACGGUGACUCCUCCGCCGCCUCCACCCCCGCCGAGGUGGUGGCGGCGGUGGCGCCGCCCUCCUCGAGGAUGUUCCAGCUCGCUGAGUCGCUCAAGCUCGAGCACCAGUUCCUCCGCGCCCCCCUGGAGCAAUUCAAGAAGACGAUCCGCUCCCACCACCGCUACGCCGAGAAGGAGAUCUCCGCCGUGCUCUCCAGCGUCGCCGAUUCUGCCGACCGCUCCGACGCCAUGUCCCGGGAGGACGCCGCCGACCACCUCAGAUCCCUCGUCUCCCGCCUCCAGGGCCUCAAGCGCAAGUUGGAAGAGGGGAGUAAGACCGAGAAGUUGCAGGCCCAGAGAUGCCGGGCUCGGCUGGACCACUUGGAUUCAAUUGAUGCCGAUAACUUGACGGAGUGGAGCAACACGAGGUUGAAGCGCAUCCUUGUUGACUACAUGCUGCGGAUGUCGUACUACGAUGCCGCCAAGAAGCUUGCAGAGACGAGCAACAUUCAGGAUCUUGUUGAUAUUGAUAUCUUCCUUGAUGCAAAAAAGGUAAUUGAUUCUCUCCAAAAUAAGGAGGUAGGUCCUGCUCUUGCCUGGUGUGCGGAGAACAAGUCCAGGUUGAAAAAUCAAAGGUAUAGUAAGCUUGAGUUUCAAUUGAGGCUUCAGGAGUUCAUAGAGUUGGUAAGAGCUGACAACUACUUGCGGGCUAUACAAUGUGCUCGGAAGUAUCUUGCACCCUGGGGAGCGACUUAUAUGAAAGAAUUGCAGUGUGUCAUGGCAACCUUGGCUUUUAGGAGCAAUACCGAGUGUCCCACUUACAAGGUUCUUUUUGAGCCAAUGCAAUGGGUGUAUCUGGUGGAGCAGUUCAAGCAGGAAUUCUGUAGAUUGUUUGGCAUGACCCUUGAACCUUUGCUGAAUAUCUAUUUACAAGCAGGAUUGUCAGCCCUGAAGACUCCAUUUUGUUUUGAAGAGGGUUGCACCAAAGAAGACCCACUAUCGCAUGAGGGCUUCCGCAAAUUAGCGGCACCGUUGCCAUUCUCGAAGCAGCACCAUUCUAAGCUUGUUUGCUACAUAACUAAAGAGCUGAUGGACACAGAGAACCCUCCACUUGUUUUGCCUAAUGGUUAUGUAUAUAGCACUAAAGCUCUUGAAGAAAUGGCCAGCAAAAAUGAUGGCAAAGUUACCUGUCCCAGAACCGGUGAAGCUUUCAAUUUCUGUGAGCUUGUCAAGGUGUACAUUUCAUAACUCAGCUUGCCAUUGUGCGGUGCAGCUGAAGCUGGCUUGUUCUGUGGCUCACGGGCACUGCAACUAAACAGCAAGGUGAUUGUAUGUACUCCAUACAAGAUGUCAAGAUGAGUCAAGCAGCUAGAUGAAUAUCUUAGUGCAUUUGGAUAUAUUCUUUGUUCGGAGAAAACAAAAAUGAGUGACUAAAAAAGGGGAAGAAAAAGGAAGAGAUGAAUGUUCUUUUCUUUUUCAAAAAUCUUUCAGGACAUCUGGAAUCUACUUGAUGUGAGUUCUUUUUAGGGGUGGGGUGGGGCAGGGUCCCAAGGGUCACGUAAUUCGGGCUUGUGGUCGGGUCUGGAUCAAGCUUGAACGUUACAUGGGACCAAGGCCUCGAACCAUAUUUGCAUCCAUAUUUUUGUGUCCUGAAUUAGAUAGGUACUGGGUGUCUGGAUGAAAACAUUAAUCUUGCAAUAAUUCUGAUAUCUGGGUCAGGUACAUUAUAUUACAAACAUUUCUGAAGGCGCUGCUGGUGAAGUCCUAGGCUUGCGCGUAUCCUUGGUUAAUCUGGACCAGCAGGCAAGGUUUUAUUGACCUACUGAGGUUAGACCUAAAGCCUCUAAUGACAGAGGGGUGAAUCUGACUUGAACUUAGAGUAUUAAAAUGUCAAGCCAGAAGUGAGGCUGAUUAAGGUGUGAACCUUGAUGCUGUUGGGAGGCAUCAGUUGUGCUUGUUUAGUUUAUAUAAUUGUAAACUAGUUCACAAGAUUUGUCUUUCUGUGGAAACACAUACUAUGGUUCUAGAUUGACUAUGCUGAUCAAGUGGAUGAGUCAGGCAUAUGGGGUAGUCCAAAUGGAAAGGAAGGGGAAUUGAGUGACCUAUUUUCGAUUCGAAGGUACAUGUAAAAACCUGAAAGAAUUUUCGACGCAAUUUCCCCUGGAGACAGCUGAACCCUCAAGGGAAUAUAACAAAAUCUUUUCUUAUAACAGCAGUUGUUUUAUUUUAUUU